AUGAAGAAACGUUUAAGUUUUGCUGAUGAAAAUAAGCGAGGAGUUUCUAAGAAUAUGAAUCCGAUGGCGGAAGCUGUUGAAAAUAGAGGGACUUCGGUUAGUAAAGCAUUGGCGUUCCAGGAGUCGGAUUGCUAGA